AUGAGUUGGAAAGUUGAUACAUUGCCUUAGUGAGUGAUUUUUAUGACAUUUUGAUUAUAAUUUUUGAGAAAAUUACUGUAAAUUUCGUGAAAUUUGAUGUUACAGUAGUUUUUUGAAAGAAAAUUAAUUUUUUUAUACUGUAGAGUGAAUGUAGGUACGAUAUAUAGUUGAACUAUGGUUGUAUGAUUAAUUAAAGUAUUUAUGUAAUGUUCUUUGAGCAAAUGGUUACGUUUGAGUACUGUAAUUACCAUAGUAAAAAUAUCAGUUUUUCUUUAAAAUUUUUGCCAGGUUUUGAGUGUUUUGAUUGUAAAUAACUUUGAAAAUGAAAUUUGAACUUUAGUAACUGUAAUAUUACAUAUCUACGUAACGAUGACAAAAAGGGGUACUGUAUCUACAAAAGUUUGAUAUAUUAUAGUAGGCGGCAAUGUUACCUAAUAUUAAAAAGUGUAAUUUUAAAAGUCAAAUUUAAAUUUAAGUUGGGAAUUGUAUUCUACAGUAUAUUAAAGGAGAAAUGGUGGUACUGUUAGGUCAUCAUACCUUGAAUUACAGUAUAUUGUAGUAGAUGGCACAAAUGGCCCUAAAGGUAAAAUUCCUGUGGAAAAGCUACAAAUAGACUUUUAAGUGAAUAGUGAAUAUAAUGUUUUAAAAGUGUUACUGUAGCUUCUACAAAAAUAGUAUAAAUUGCACUUUGGGAACUGGGCUGGGGUAGUUUAGCUGUGUAUCCGAGGGUGUUUGAUAUCUCUGGGCAUCUUCUCUCUAAAACAUGGGAAAGCGCUGCCCCCAGUGCCCCCUUGGUUUAGCGUUUACUGUGGAUGCUUAUAUUAGAUCGCCGUUACCGUAUGUACGCACCACAUAGUGCAUCGCGAGAGAAGCCGGGUGAGAGAUCAUGGGAAAGGAAGAGAGUGCAGACAGUUGCGUUAAGCGAAAUCGAUUCUCUUUCCAGCCACAAAUUUAAACUCCUUACCAUAGGAAUACCGUACUCGGCAUACUGUUACAGUAUGAGUACGGUAGGGUUACUGUAGAUUAUUGUAAUCGACCGUAUGGGCGUUUUCGAGGUUUUUGCGAGAGUUUGAGAUUUUUCGUUGGUUUUGGGGAGGAAAUACUGUAGUUUUUACGUAGUUACGGUAUAAAUUUUUUACUGAAAUUUCUUUGUUUGAAAUAUGGUUAAUUGUUGAAAUACGAGAGUUUUUGGUUUUGUUUUUUAUAAUUUAAGUUACAGUAGGUUUUGAAGAACUACUGUAAAGUAAAUUAUUAUUCAAGUAAAAUUUUCGAAUUUUAAAAAAGGUUUUUGUUUCAAUGUUAUAGUAUGUCUUGUUGAAGAAUGAUAGUUUUAUUUAUAUUGAAGUUACUUUUUGAAACUUUUAAAAAAGUUGAAGUAGAAUUGAGCGAAAAAGUUUAAAAUUGUUUUGCUUUUUGUUUAUUAAUUAUAAUGUUAUUUUAAGAUGUGCGCAGUGCACUUUUUAAAAUCUUUUGCAAAUUGCGAAUUUAAAAACCACCUUACAAAUAUUCAAUUUUAUCUAAUAAUGUACAUCAAUAUGUAUCAACUUAUAUUUUUACUAUUUUAAGUUACAGUAACAGUUUGAUUUCCAUAUUAAUCUUUUUCUUUUCAGUAUGGACAUAAGUUCCUUACCAAAGUUCGAACCGGAACAAUAUCCGGACGAACUGUCUGGCUACGAUGCAGAAUCAGAAUCGUUUGACCAGAGUCUUAACAUAACACAGAAGCUUAACUUUAACGGAUUCGAACUCGAUCAGACGACAGAUGCUAAUGGCUUAAGGUCGGGCAGGUCGGUGCAUCAAUGUGGAGUAUGUAACAAGGUGUUCGUAUCAUUGAAAGGUAAGGGCUUAUUGUUGCUUUUUGAUGUUUAGGUGCUUGGUGAUGUUUUAGAGUCUUGGAAAAGAAAAUACGUUAGCUGUUGGUGUAUUUGCUUUAGGUAUCAUGAGUAUAUAGGGUGAUAAUUAUAGGUUUUUUGGGGUUUUUAUUGAAAUAUUGUAGUUUUCGAACGGUGUUAACGGUUAGAAAUGUCUAUUUUCAUUUGUCGAUGUAAAGAUAAAGUUGUAUUUUAUUUCUGAAUCAGCAGCCUUGUAGAUUUUAGCCUUUUUAUACAUUAGUUGAUCCAAAAAUGUUUGAUUUAAGUUGAUGUAGCACCUAUUAGGCUUUUAAACUACUACUUUUUAAAUUACAAGCGUUGUUUACUUUUUUCUUAUUCAAUUUUCAAUGUAUAUUGGCGAUACACAACAAUAUACUUGCAUUCUUACAUAAGGUACUCUAAUACUCUUUAAUUUUGUGAAUAUUAUCUUAUUUUAGGUCUACAACAACACGCGAUAAUCCACACAGAUCAGAAGCCGUUUAGUUGUGACAUUUGUAACAAAUCGUUUCGUUUCAAGUCAAAUCUCUUUGAACAUCGAUCAGUUCAUUCUGGUUUUACUCCACAUUCAUGUCCAUUUUGUGGAAAGACUUGUCGCUUAAAAGGGAAUCUGAAGAAACAUUUGAAGACUCACGUCAGCUCAAAAGAAGAACUCGACCAGGCUUGGAGGCCGUUUGCAAGGUAAGAAAUGUUCUUGUGUAUUAUGUUCGAUAGGGGUCUUUUUCAGGGCAGUUGGUAUUAUAAUAUUUUAUCAUAAGCUACAUUAAAUUAAACUAAAACCAGUUAAAUUUUAAACUAAACUCGAUAUUAAAAGGCGAAACUUAGCAUAAAAUAGAGAUUACAGUAAUCGCCGGCCACCAGCUGACAUUCCACCUGAUGCGAUCAUAGUAAGGAGUGGUAAUGAAGCCUUGUUCACCCCGCCCUCGAGAGCCAGAAGGAGGAAACUUGGACUGGGAAGUGAAAGCAGAGUAUGGAUAGAGAAGAUCAAGCGAGGAGAGAUCUUGCCUCAGGCAUCGUUGAAUGAAAAGGUAUGGAAUUGUUAUAUUAUAUUGGAGUUUAGAUGUGUUUUGGUACUGCGGUAUAUAUAGUACGUACUGAAGAUGAUACUUUAGGCUAUUUUUGAAUUUUCAAAAGUUUAAAUAUCUAAAAAUCUUGGGAUAUUAACAUUGUUUUGAGCUUGUCAUCAAUAAAUUGCCUUUCAGAUGCGACGACUAUCAGUGCUAAUAGAAGCCGUGAACAAACAGUCCUACAAUCGAGAAGACUUCUUCAGUCAGGCCAAGGCUAUGGCGUUUGAAAAGUUUGAAUGUCCAUUAUGUAAAAGUGUAUUUAUGUCGCGGCUGGAAUGUAAAGAACAUCUGGACAUUGAACAUCCACAUUACCUACAAGAACGACCUUUCUUCUGCGAGGUGAGGUUUUAGAUUGAUUUUUUGCUUAAAUUUAGGGGUAUUGAUGUCGGGAUGGUCAAAAAGUUUUGUUGCUCAAAUAAUUCUAUGCUCGUUAAGCUCGAAAAUUUGCUUUAAGAGGGGGCACAUAAUUAUUUGAACAACCUAAUAGAAGAAGGGAGGAUGGUGUGGAAGUUCGGUUUUUAAAAGUAUUCUGGGGACUUUUUGACUAAACUUUAUCUUCUUUGGGCCAAUUUUGGAAUUAUGUUGUAGUAAGGUAUCAGAAUGGCUUUCAAAAAGUUUGAGGCCGAGAAGUUUUAAAACUUUUAAAAAAUUUUUUUGUUUUAUCGCUGUCAUUUCUAGCCAUGAUAUUGUUUUAGACGUGCAUCAAAUCCUUCGCGGACGAGAAAUCCCUCCAACAGCACCAAAGCUAUCACACUCGAGUCCGCGACCUCAUUGAUCAGAAGCAGAUCACACUCACGGUACCCGAGAUGCUACUGCCUCAGGCCUGCGACGACGACCAAGAGGUCCAGAAUCAGCCUGACAUGUAA